GGUUGCUACCAUCUCUUCCUUUCUAUAACCUGGCAAUACGUUAAGACUUGGAGCCUUAGUCUCUCAAUAAGGGCAGCUCAUCUUCUCAUCUAGAUGGUGUGGCUUCUGUAUAGCUUGUCUCCAUGGAGGAAACACUGCUGGGAUUGGGGAGGAGCCACUGGACCAGGGGAAAAAUCACUGGAACCUGAUUCUUCUUCCACCCACCCCACACUGGGUUUUGAAUAAGCUUCAGGGUGGGGGGUGGGGGUGACAGACACUGCCUAUCCUUUGGGCCACCUUGUAUGGUCCCCAUCAUGCAACAAGUGAUGUCCUAGAUAGAGAAGUUCCCUGAGUCACAUUUCUGGGACAAAACAUUGUCCUCCAUUGGUAAGUGUUGCCAUCACCUAGGUGGUGGAAGGGCAGAAUGGUUCCAGGAGGAAAAGAAACCAGUGAAAGGAAGCACCCUUUCUCUCUCUGCUCUGUUACUGGAACUGUUUGUUUUCACACGACCCAUCUUCACAGUUACCCAGAGUGACCUCCUCACUCCCAUCUUAUAGUAGAGAAAACUCAAAAAUGUUGCUCCAGAGACAUUUGGAACUGUGGCAGGGCCAUUUUCAGCACCCUUGCCUUCAGGUUUGGGGCUCAAGAUCUAAGACUAUCCAUGAGAGGCAACUGAUUUACUAUCAUGGAGCCCUCUGGUGGGGCUGGAAGAGGCCAGUCCCAACCUCAUAGGUGGGUGGUACCUGAUGAUUGGACAACUUCAGGAUACCAUCCAGGCCAUAGUUGCACUCUAGCACUGGGAACUGUCAGGUGUGCUGGUAAAACCAGGAGCACCAAUCAAUACCCAAGUUACCCAAAACAAGUCCCUCUGAGGUCCAUGAAGCCCUUGCUCAGAUGGGACUUACUAAAUUUAAGAGUAGUGUGCACAAGGAGAGGAACUGUCCAACAGGAUAAAGUUGAACAUAAUUGACUGAAGCUUUCUUCUGCCCUGUGUUAUCCUGACAGAAACGUUCUGAGGAACUAUACGGGUAGAGGCUUGGCUGGGAUAAGGGACACUCAGAGGGGCUUCGGAUGGGGGGCUAAUGAAACUGGACAGGUGCCCUACACACAGAACACAAGACACUGAGACAGCCGGGUCUGGAGUGGGAGAGACUGACAUGGUUGGACAACUGGCAUGCUGACAGCCGGAGUCUGACAUGCCCCAACAGAAAGGAACAACGCUGACCUUUUUGAGAGUGACAGGAUGAGGGCAAAGUGCACCCCACACUACACACCUAUUGUUGGUGCUUGAGUGGUGCUGGUGCUGAGGAGAGGUGAGGGAUACCAAGUGGGCUGGAGGCUGGUCUUCAUGGAGUGUGACUGAGGACUCCUGCAGGCAGUGCCUCAGUUUCUCCCUUUGUUUUGAGGUCUCAAGCUUUGAAGGUAAAGUUUGAACUAGCUGCCCUGGAAGAUCGUCUAUCUGUGAUUUGAGGGGUGUGUGUGAGAGAGGAUGGGGAGAGUGUGUUUGAGCCUGGGAGGAAUUGGGCCAUGCCCCAGGACUUGAGCCAUCUCUGGCGCAAAAGGAGUUAAUGGCAGGGACCGCGCCCCCCCUUGUCCGGGUACGCGCAGCGCGCCCCCUCGGUGCGCGGGCACAGCAGCCAGGCUGCCGGAGAGCAGAUCUCGGGGAUUCGGGUGCGGAGCCCUUGGCCUGGAAGCGAUAUGGGUGGUCCGUGGCCCGGUUCAGUCGCUCGCAACAGCCCGGGGAACAGGCCUGUCUGGCCCUGAGGGAGUCCCCUUUCUGAAGCGGUGGUGCUCGGACGACCUGCUCUGUACGUUGCCGGGCACCUGUAGGUGUCCCUCGGGAGUUCAGUUUUGAGGUUCAAGUCAGUGUGGCCAUGAAGGGGCUGCCUGUUGGGCUGAUGCUGUGACCCUGGAGUCUGCCUCUCCUGCCAGUCCCCCGGCCCGGAACAUGUGGCUGUGGCUUGGCCCACCUUCGCUGUCCCUGAGCCCCAAGCCCACAGUUGGCCGGAGCCUGUGCCUCACCCUGUGGUUCCUGAGCUUGGUGCUGAGGGCCAGUACCCAGGCCCCAGCACCCACAGUCAACACUCACUUUGGGAAGCUAAGGGGUGCCCGGGUACCAUUGCCCAGUGAGAUCCUGGGGCCUGUGGACCAGUACCUUGGGGUGCCCUACGCAGCUCCCCCGAUCGGCGAGAAACGUUUCCUGCCCCCUGAACCGCCCCCAUCCUGGUCGGGCAUCCGGAACGCCACACAGUUUCCCCCAGUGUGCCCCCAGAACAUCCACACAGCUGUGCCCGAAGUCAUGCUUCCUGUCUGGUUCACCGCCAACUUGGAUAUCGUCGCUACUUACAUCCAGGAGCCUAACGAGGACUGCCUCUACCUGAACGUCUAUGUGCCCACGGAGGAUGUAAAGCGGAUUUCCAAGGAAUGCGCCCGAAAGCCCAACAAGAAAAUUUGUAGGAAAGGAGGAUCCGGCGCUAAGAAACAGGGCGAGGACUUAGCGGAUAAUGACGGGGAUGAAGAUGAAGACAUCCGGGACAGUGGCGCCAAGCCUGUCAUGGUCUACAUCCAUGGAGGCUCUUACAUGGAAGGGACAGGCAACAUGAUUGACGGCAGUGUCCUGGCCAGUUAUGGCAACGUCAUCGUCAUCACCCUCAACUAUCGGGUUGGAGUGCUAGGUUUCCUGAGCACUGGCGAUCAGGCUGCCAAGGGAAACUAUGGGCUCCUUGACCAAAUCCAGGCCCUCCGCUGGGUGAGCGAGAAUAUCGCCUUCUUUGGUGGUGAUCCCCGCCGUAUCACCGUCUUUGGCUCAGGCAUUGGUGCAUCCUGUGUCAGCCUCCUCACGCUGUCGCAUCAUUCUGAAGGGCUUUUCCAGAGGGCCAUCAUCCAAAGCGGUUCUGCUCUGUCCAGCUGGGCUGUGAACUACCAACCAGUGAAGUACACCAGCCUGCUGGCAGACAAGGUGGGCUGUAAUGUGCUAGACACAGUUGACAUGGUGGACUGUCUUCGGCAAAAGAGUGCCAAGGAGCUGGUAGAGCAAGACAUCCAGCCAGCCCGCUACCAUGUGGCUUUUGGCCCAGUGAUUGAUGGUGAUGUCAUUCCUGAUGACCCAGAGAUUCUCAUGGAACAGGGCGAGUUCCUCAACUAUGACAUCAUGCUAGGUGUCAACCAGGGUGAGGGGCUCAAGUUUGUGGAAGGGGUGGUGGACCCUGAAGAUGGUGUCUCUGGCACUGACUUUGACUAUUCAGUCUCCAACUUUGUGGACAAUCUGUACGGCUAUCCUGAGGGUAAGGACACCCUGCGGGAGACCAUCAAGUUCAUGUACACAGACUGGGCAGACCGUGACAAUCCUGAGACCCGCCGUAAGACAUUGGUGGCACUCUUCACUGACCACCAGUGGGUGGAGCCCUCAGUGGUGACGGCUGAUCUGCAUGCCCGCUAUGGCUCGCCUACCUACUUCUACGCCUUCUACCAUCACUGCCAGAGCCUCAUGAAGCCUGCUUGGUCAGACGCAGCUCAUGGGGAUGAAGUACCCUAUGUUUUUGGUGUCCCUAUGGUAGGCCCCACUGACCUCUUCCCCUGCAACUUCUCCAAGAAUGAUGUUAUGCUCAGUGCUGUUGUGAUGACCUACUGGACCAACUUUGCCAAGACUGGGGAUCCCAACAAGCCGGUCCCCCAGGACACCAAGUUCAUUCACACCAAGGCCAACCGCUUUGAGGAAGUGGCCUGGUCCAAAUACAAUCCCCGAGACCAGCUGUACCUUCACAUCGGGCUGAAGCCAAGGGUCCGCGAUCAUUACCGGGCCACUAAGGUGGCCUUUUGGAAACACUUGGUGCCCCACCUAUACAACCUGCACGACAUGUUCCACUACACGUCCACAACCACCAAAGUGCCGCCCCCGGAUACCACCCACAGCUCCCACAUCACCCGCAGGCCCAAUGGCAAGACCUGGAGCACCAAGCGACCAGCCAUCUCUCCCGCCUACAGCAACGAGAAUGCCCAGGGGUCCUGGAACGGGGACCAGGAUGCAGGGCCACUCCUGGUGGAGAACCCACGUGACUACUCCACUGAAUUAAGCGUCACCAUCGCUGUGGGGGCCUCCCUCCUGUUCCUUAAUGUCCUGGCCUUCGCUGCUCUCUACUAUCGCAAGGACAAGCGACGUCAGGAGCCCCUGCGGCAGCCCAGCCCUCAGAGGGGAGCUGGGGCUCCUGAACUGGGAGCUGCUCCUGAGGAGGAGCUGGCAGCGCUGCAGCUGGGUCCCACACACCAUGAGUGUGAGGCAGGUCCCCCCCACGACACCCUGCGCCUCACCACGCUGCCUGACUACACGCUGACCCUGCGGCGCUCCCCUGAUGACAUUCCACUCAUGACCCCCAACACCAUCACUAUGAUCCCCAACUCCCUGGUGGGGCUGCAGACAUUGCACCCCUAUAACACCUUUGCCGCAGGGUUCAACAGUACUGGGCUGCCCCACUCACACUCCACCACUCGGGUAUAGUAGCUCCAGCCCAGAGCACAGCCUAUAUCCUGGUUCUACCCCUCCCAGAUCCACAAAAACACAUGCACACAUGCACACACACACGCAGACACAUGCAGACAUCUAUGUAUACGCACGCACCCACACCCAACAGCAGACCCACGUGCACAAACAUAGACAGAUAUGGACAUGCACCCGCAUGUGCAACAACACAAAUAAGGAAGUAAACCUGAACAAGCCCUUCAAAUGGAGACACACAUGAGUCCUUGGGAAACUGAGGACCCAUGGAACAGCAGCUGAAGCUGGCUCCCAGACCUGACCACAGACACUCCCAGGGAGCCUGAAGCACCAGCUGGAUACCCCUUGGUGCUCGCCUUCCGCAUCUCUUGGAACUGCACCACCCACCAACUCCAGACUUGGGAGCUUUAAAGAGCAGAGUAGCUCUUUCUCCCUUAGACUUGGUCUUUUUUCUGGGUCUCGUUUUUGUUGAUUUUUAAAAAAAAAAAAUUGGAACAAAUGCUUCUCCAACCCAUGAGUGCAAAGAGGCUCCGGAAGGGAGGGCUCCAGGCCCAGGUCUCUCUGGCUUUGGAACUCCCAUUGCUCACACAAUGACUGAGGAACGUGAGCCCCAAGAAAGAAACAGAUUCGAGCAAGACCAUGGGGGAGAAGGAGGAAGGGGCUGUCACUGGAUGGGGUUGGAAGGCCAUAGGGGACAACUCACCAGCCGCCUCUAUCUCUGUGGAGGGCUGUGGAGACCACAGGUGACCUGCGUUCCCCAGGAGCAUUGGCCUCCCUAGACCAGGGGACCCCAGAUUUGGUGAACGAGGUUUUGUGGAGGCCAUGUCAUUAUUGGGGGCCCUGGGUGUAAGCUGGGUCCUACCUCUGCCCUUGGGGUAAUGCUAUCAGAAAUUCGCCCCAUUUUCUUUAGAGUCUCUUUCGUGUAUGUCAUUUCUCUUUCAAAAAGACGGUGUUUUUUUUGUUGUUGUUGGCUUUUUUUUUUUUUUUUAAAGAAAAGUUCUUAAAACACUAACGGAAACCCAUGGAGUUUGUCCUUUGUAAAAAUUUUAAACACAGUGUCUUGAUAUAAAAAUAAAAAAUCCAGUUAGCACUCCCAA